AUGUCACUUAUAGUUUAUGGUACAAAGUUAAUGAAUCUUUAUUGUGUGUUCCAAAUAACAUGGAAGACCUAAUAGGCUUUCAAAAAUUAGAAUUCAGAAUUUGAGGAUACUUUAUUAAUCAAAUGGGUGCUCCUUUACUCCUUCAUCGAAUUAGAAUGGAUGUUUACUUUAAUAUUAGAAUUAAUCCCCUUUGGUUUCAUAGUUCCAUUUAUCAUCAAGGGAUAUAUAAUAUUACCCCAUUCAAGAUGGCAUAAUAUAGUGUAUAAAUUGAUCUAAAACUUGGAAAUGGAUGAAUAUACUAACACCUUUUUCAUUUACUUUACGAAAUUGAUGAGAUACAUCCUGAUUCCUUGUUUAAGCGUAGUGGAGAAUUGCAUAGAUUUAGUAAGAGCUAAUGAAUUAGAAGCUUUGGAGUUGAAAGUUAUAAGGAUAAAGGAGAAAAUCCUGAAUAAAAUUUAAUCUGUAGAAAUAAACAAAUAGAAACACCGAGCUAGAAAUUCAGACAUCAUAUAAAACAACAUUAAUAAUAAAUAACUUAUGAGUGUACUAGCUAAGGUCCAAGAUAAUCAUUAAUUUAAAGACUAUAACUUGAUAUUCAAUCCUUUGGAUAAUGAAAUCCAAUUCAUAGAUCCUAUGAGUAUGGAAUGCAUUCAUAAAAGAAAUCUCAUACUCAUUAGUAUAAGUGAAGAUUUUUCAUUGAAAGCUACGUACGAGGAUGGAGAUGGUAAUUUGGAAAGCAUUAAGCUGCAUAACAGUGAGGAUAUUAAUAAGUGGUUAAUACCAGUUCUUGAAAUUUUGAUUUAAUAAAAUUAAGAUGAAUGAUUAUGAGAUAUUCUUUAAAUAGUUAUUUGAUAUAUUGCACGA